GCCUCUCUCAAAAACAUCUGUUUUCCACUCCGCUCUCUCUAAUUUUGAAACGUCAAAUGCCGACGUCAGAUGGACUUGCUGUCAAACGUUUGUAGUGUUUUGGACGAUUAGGUCAUGACGCUGUUGAAUUUAACUGCGAGGAAACUCGCCCUCAAAAAGAAGGAAGCGAAGAUCGCAGCUGCCUUCCCAAAAGGCGCCCGAUGUCAGAAAUGCCUUGAGUACGGCCACUGGAGCUACGAAUGCACGGGCAAACGCAAAUAUCUCCAUCGUACAUCCCGCACGAAGCAACUGAAUAAAAACCUCGAGGAAAAACAGAUGAAAGCAUCCGCGAACAGUGGGGUUGGCACAAAGUCCAAGCGUAAGAGGAAGAAUUCUGGUUCUUCAUCCUCCGACUCAGACGAUAGCUCCUCCUCGUCCAGCUCAUCUUCGUCAGAAAGUGAAGAGUCUGAAGGUUCUGGCUCAUCGGACAGCGAAAGUGACUCGUCGUCCUCUUCAUCAGGUUCGUCGUCAUCGUCCUCGUCUGGAAGCAGUCAAAAAGGAAGUGGAAAAACUAAAAAGAAGCGAAAAGUGAGCAAGUCUGCAUCGUCUUCGGACGCUUCCAGCAGCUCCUCUAAUUCUGACGAUGAAUAAGAUAUUAUGUGUGCAGAGCAUUAGAUGUAAAUAAAGAUUAGGUUUUUUAAGUAUGAAAGUAAAUCUU